CUGUCCGCGGCACCCAUGCUGCUGCCAUGGCUAACGGGACUGGGGGCCGGAAUGGUCUUUCUGCGCGUCGUGCAGGGGCUGCUGUUCCCCUACUUUUGGGACGACUUCUGGUUCCUGCUGAAGGCGAUCCGCCUGGGAAUGAAGUUGGAGACGUACCGACGGAGAGGGGAGCCGGUCACCGUGCUGGAUAAGUUCCUGAGCCAGGCCCAAAAGCGACCCCACAAACCCUUCAUCAUCUACGAGGGCGACACCUACACCUAUCGGGACGUGGACCGGAGAAGUAACAGAGUGGCCAAUGUCUUUCUGAGCCAUUCCUCGCUGAAAAGGGGGGACACCGUGGCUCUGCUGAUGAGCAACGAGCCCGACUUCGUCCACGUGUGGUUCGGACUGGCCAAACUGGGCUGCGUGGUGGCCUUCCUUAACACCAACCUUCGUGCCCGCUCCUUCCUGCACUGCAUCCGCACCUGCGAGCCCGCCGCGCUGGUGGUGGGAGGAGACUUGCUGGGAAGGGUAGAGGAAAUCCUCCCAAGCAUCCCCACGGAGGUCCGUGUCUGGGGCAUGGCAGACUCCGUCCCACAUGGCAUGGUUUCUCUCAAACAGCAACUGCGCAGAGCCUCGGAGGGCCCUGUGCCACGCAGCCACCACCUGGCCUCAAACCUCAAGUCGACUUGUCUUUACAUUUUUACCUCUGGAACAACAGGUCUACCAAAAGCAGCUGUGAUUACUCAGUUGCAGGCUAUAAAGGGUUCAUCUGGCCUGUGGGCUUUUGGUUGCACAUCUAAGGACAUCGUUUAUAUAACCCUGCCACUCUAUCAUAGUGCAGGGUCUCUUCUAGGAAUAAGUGGGUGCGUUGAGUUGGGCGCCACUUGUGUGCUGAAGAAGAAGUUCUCAGCAAGCCAGUUCUGGCCUGACUGCAGGAAGUACAAUGUGACUGUGUUUCAGUAUAUUGGAGAACUCUGUCGCUACCUUUGCAAACAACCUAAGAGAGAAGGAGAAAAGGAUCAUAAAGUCCGAUUGGCAGUUGGGAACGGUAUACGGGGUGAUGUCUGGAGAGAAUUCAUGAACAGAUUUGGGGAUAUCAAAAUGUGUGAACUUUAUGGAGCUACUGAAGGAAACAUUUCUUUCAUAAAUUACACUGGGAAGAUUGGAGCUGUGGGAAGAACAAACAUUUUUCACAAACUUUUGUUCCCUUUUGACUUGAUAAAGUACGAUUUUCAGAAAGAUGAACCUCUGAGAAAUGAACAGAACUGGUGUGACCCUGUGAAAAUAGGUGAACCAGGACUUCUUAUUUCUCUUGUGAAUACAAAGAAUCCCUUCUUUGGCUAUGCUGGUUCUUACAAACACACAAAAAACAAACUGAUUUUUGAUGUUUUCAGGAAGGGGGAUGUUUACUUUAACACAGGAGACUUGAUGGUCCAAGAUCAGGACAAUUUCCUUUACUUCUGGGACCGGACUGGAGACACUUUCAGGUGGAAAGGAGAAAAUGUUGCAAGCACAGAGGUUGCUGACACUAUUGGAAUGCUGGAUUUCAUACAGGAAGCUAAUGUGUAUGGUGUAGCUGUAGCAGGUUAUGAAGGAAAAACAGGAAUGGCUUCCAUUGUUUUAAAACCAAAUAAGUCUCUAGAUUUAGAACAAAUUUAUGAACAGGUUGUGACAUCUCUCCCACCAUAUGCAUGUCCAAGAUUUUUAAGAAUUAAGAAACAAAUGGAGACAACAGGAACUUUCAAACUACCGAAGUUUCAGCUGGUAGAAGAAGGAUUUGAUCCACUGAAAAUUUCUGAACCACUUUACUUUAUGGAUAACUUGAAAAAAUCAUAUGUUCCAUUGACCAAAGAACUUUAUGAUCAGAUAGUGCUGGGGGAGAUAAAACUGUAAGACUUGAAGGUAGAGAUUUUUACAGGCUAUUCUAGGAAGGGAAGACAGACUCUCCUUCAUUUACAGUUAGUUUCAUCUCAAUAAACCAACCAUAAACUCAAAAUGUCAUGUCAAAAAAUCUCAAUAUACCUUGCCUAGCAAACGUCACAUCUUAGCAACCAGUACACCGUGAAGUAUUGCGUGUUAGCCCUCAAGAUCAUGUAGCUGGCUGGGAGCUACUGUAUUUUGACUGGCCAGCACUCCAGUAAAACACCAUACUGUAUAUCCCUUGAAGGCGAGAUAAUCACAAUUGAAAGCAGACAUUUUACUGAAUGCUUACAGACAAGUAAAAUUUAAAAUUUGUAGUUCCAGCCACCAUAAACUGGGAACCAAGUAUGAUUCUUUACUAUAAAACGAGUAAAGGGAAGCAUUAUUAGUUAUGGGUUCUAUUUCUUUAAUAUGCAAGAGUAUUUCAUAAUGUAGUAAAGCUUUAAUUUGCUGUAAUUGAUAUGAACUUUGGAUGAUUGCUCUUUUCUCCUACUUGAAGGUUUAGUUCAUAACUAAAUAUCUGCCUUUGUGUUAAGGAUUUUAAAUAAUGCAUAAACAGUUAACAGUUCGAAUAGUUGCUUUAAAAUACUUUGUAAUUUGUAAAGUUUCUAGUUUUCAAUGAAUGAUUCAGUUUUACUCACAUAUGUUGUUUUUAUAUGUGCUGCUUCCAUAAAAUUGUCUUCAUUAA